UCUCUCUCUCUCUCUAUCUGAGCAGCCCUGACUUAACUAGCCAGAGAAAUCUGUUGUGUUUUGCACUGCUACCUGCUGUUCCCUGUGGUGCAGGUUUCAGACCCCCGCACGGGACAGUCAUGUGGCGAAGGACAGGACCAGCCACCGCAGGAAGUGACAGCAGGAUCCCCUGAGCUCGAAAACAAAGGAUAACCACCUCCAAACAACGCUGGGAGAAGGAGACGUGAGCCCAGGGGAAUAUCAACUAUGUUGACGCCAUGGAGAUUGUUCCUCUGCCAGAUGGCACUGAACAUUUUCUAUCACAUCGCAAAAGCCAGUUUAUGCCUUGGUGGUCAAGAUAUAUUUGCCACGGUUCAAGAGAACAGUCCCACUGGAGAGUUCAUAUCCAACCUCAAUAUCAACGGAGACCCUGGAGCCAGCAGCAUCCGUCUGUGUCUCACUGGAGAAAACUCCGACUGGUUUUAUCUUGAAGGCCGAACAAUCCGACUCAACACUUCGUUUUCCAAGACCUUGGAUCGAGAGGUGCUGGGAUCAGUGCUGAUAGCUGCUUUGACAUGUUAUGAAGAUGGAAUAAUAAGGAGUCGGUAUCGAAUCAUGGUGGAGAUAUUGAAUGAAAAUGACAACAUGCCAUAUUUCCUUGAAGACACUAUUCAACCACGAUAUAUAAGUGAGUUGCUGACUGUGAACUCGAUGGUGUUCACAGUGAAAGCCAGAGACGGCGAUGGAGACACGAUCACUUAUAUGACCGACAAAUCUACAGCUGAUGCCAGCUAUUUUAGGAUCGAUCUGCCCAACAGCGGGAUGGUGAUCCUGGAUAAACCUUUGGACUAUGAGACUAAAACCCAACUGCAUGUGGUCAUAUAUGCUGUGGAAAUGACCACAAAAGAAAAGUACAGCACAACGGCUACGGUCACCGUGAAUGUUCUAGACGGUGAUGACCAGUAUCCACAGUUUCAGCCGUGCGCACCUGUUUAUGAAGAUGGAGAUCAUAAUAUCUGCACCAACCCUGUGUACAGCGUCAACAUCACAGAAACAGAUGAGGAUGCUGUGCUUUAUUUUUCUCCGGGUCCCAUUCAUGCUGAAGAUGGAGACAAAGACAUACUUACCCCUCUGGUCUACACUAUUCUGUCAGGUGAUGAUAAUGGCAGAUUUACAAUCGACCCGAAAACAGGAGAGAUCUCUCUCAGGCAACGUGUGGAAAACAGACUCCUUACCCCUUCAUUCAGGCUCCGCAUAAUGGCUGCCCAGGUGAAUGACCCAAAGAAAUAUUCGAUGGCGACGGCACUGGUGCACGUGGUGUCGGAGAACCAGUUUCCUCCGAUCUUCAACAAGACCGUCUACAAAGGGUUCCUCAUCGAGAGCUCCAGCCCUGCUACUCUGGUCACUACUUAUGGGAACCAAGUCCUAGUGGUCCAGACCAUCGACAGGGACUUCAGAGAUGGAAUAAACCCCAAAAUCCGUUACACAAUGCAACCCUUGGGUAGCAUUAAACUGUAUCACAUAACUCAGGAUGGCAUUGUGAUCGCAAAGACGGACCGGCUCAGAGCGUUCGACCGACACAUCCUAGAGGUGAUCGCAACAGACGAAGAGUCAGGUGAGGCUGCGCACACUUCAGUGGACAUUGAGGUUUUACAGAGGGGACUUCCAGUUCCUAGAAGUCCAUUUGGAGAAGAACGGCUGUUUGCAGAUAUGAACGCAGGGAUGGCCGGCGGCAUUGCUGCUUUUGUUCUCAUAGUGGCUGUGACAACACUAUUUAUUUGCCUCUGGCUGGUCAAGAGACGAAGAGAGAGACGGGAUCCGGAAGACAGGGGCUCAGUAGCCCUAGGGAAGCACCCAAAUGUGAGCUUAAGAUGGUUUCAGCAGGUCAAUUCAGGACGUCCCAUAUCGCUUAUAGAGGAUGCCUCCUACCACAACGAGGCGUUCAUUGACUAUGAAUACUCCAGUGGUUUGUACACCAAAAUAGAUGACUCGCUCCCUCCGGCGACCAGGACGUUUGAGUCUGACAGACCUGUGCCACUGCAAGACAUGCCGCCAAUCCGGGUGCUUCCAGAAAAAACACCCGUAAACAUCAAAUCUUCAGCUCUGACCAAUGGGAAAGCAUUUGCAAAAUCAGUCUCUUUUAAAGACGGAGAAGGAAUGGCGGAGGACAGUUUGCCAAAAAACGAAGAAGGACAAAUUGCGGUUGUAUGUAAUCAAAUAGAGACCAGAGCGGAUAUUUUGAUGCCUGUUGUACAGCUGGAAACUUUCACUUUAGUGGAGAAUCCUGCAGAAAAGGAGGAUGUUUGUUGUCCAAAUCCUUCUGUAGAACCUAGAGAGGAAUGCAUCAUCACUCAUGGCAAUACUAAUGAGGAUGAUGAAGAUGACAAUGAUCCAUACAAAAACAUGGCCUCUGUUAUUUACAGCAGCAAUGAUGAAGACACGCCAGACGAAGAGCCAAAUGAUUUAAGGCACUGUUACAAACAUGGGCAAAACCCGUUUACAAUAGACCACAUGAAGACCAUCGGUUUGCAAACGGAGGACUCGGAUGAAUCACAUGCCUGA